UUUGCCAUCCAUAUUCCUACAGCCGUAGUAAUACGCCCCGCUGAGAGCAGUUGACUUGAACCGGGCGCACCGCGACCGCAGCUCCCCUGCGCAGGCGAGAGCGAGACCGCCGCAGCAGCUAAAUCUCUCUCUCUCUCCCCUCUGAUCUCUUUGGUGAUGGAGGGCGAGAACGGGCGGUGCGUGCGAGUGCUCUGCCCUAAGAAGACUCUCCUCGGCUUCUCCUCCUCCUCUAAGGAGUCGCUGGGUAUUAGAUGGCUGAUCGGAUCCCCUCUCUUCCUCCCUCCCCUCACCGUUGUCUCCGCCUUCCGGUGCCUCCACGGCGAUCCCUUCUCCCCGGACUUCUCCAGAGAAGCAGAUGAUAUUCGUACACUAUUAUUGAGAGGAUUCGAUAUCAUAGGAGCAUUGUUCAUUGGACAUGGAACCUUGGAGGAAAAUGCUAUUAAGGCAGUAGAGGCUUUUUGUAGGUUGAGAAAGUCUCUUCAUAAUGAUGAAGUAAGUUUUGAUAUGAUCGGAGCAGCUGCUGAUUUGACAAUUGGUGACAUUUGCUUUUUUGUCUCUGGUUCUGCAAAACCAAUAAACAUGGAAGCUAGCACUGUUAUCUAUGAAGAUAAUCCUGAUAACUAUCUGUGGGAGAAAGGCUGUCUACUUAGAUGUGAGCUGGCAUUCAAGUUGCCUACCUACGUUCCUGUAAAUAAAACAUCUGGUAGGUUUCUUCUGUUUUUCUGAUUAAUUUUACGUGAAUGU